UCCCCCUCUCUUCCUAAAUGCUGUGGGGUAUGGGGUCAGCUGGGGGCAGCACAGACCUAGCGGGGAUGGCAGGCACCCUUCGGGGGAGAGUACAGGGACCCCGUGUGGGGCUGUGAGGGACACCUGGGAGGAAGGAGGGACACUGAGGGGGGCAGGGACCCCAAAGUGGGGCACAGGAACCGGAGAGGGGCAGGGAACCCAUGGGAAGGCGGUGGGAACCUGUAGGGGGUGCAGGGACCCCAGAUAGGGUCUUGGGGCCCUAGAGAGGGGUCAGGGACCGCAUGGGAGGGUGCAGGGACUCCAUAGGGAGGGCACAGACCCCAUGGAAGGGGGGCAGACACCUCACAGAGGAGUGUCAGGGACCCCGUGGGUGGUUUUGGGGAGGAUGCUGGGACAUGGGGGAUGUUUUAGGGACCCGAUGAAGGAUUUAGGGGCCCUUGGGAGGGUGCUUGGACCCUGGGGUGGGGUCAGAAGGAGACCCCAAAGCUGCAGAUGCAGUGAUCCCAUGGGGGAAGGGGGACUCUUCGCCGUUCCCCAGGUUUGGGGGCCUAUGGCAGAGCAGGACUGGGCGCUGGAGCCGGGCUGGCUCCUGUCCCCCGCCGGCCGCCCCUACCUGGACUCCAUCCUGCACAAGAACCAGCGGAGAGUGUUCGGUCUGCUGGAGCGCCCGGCGCUGCCGCCCGCGCUGGCUGUCCCCACGGUCACCUACAAACUCUUCCUGGCGGGCAGGAGCGGGGUCGGCAAGACAGCGCUGGUGGCCUGGCUGGGGGGGACCCCCGCGCCCGCCGCUCACCACGAGACCCUGGGCAUCGAGGCCACCACGCUGUUCUGGCCGGCCAAGCCCCGCGGCAGCAGCCGCCCCGUCCUGUUCCAGCUGCACCUCUGGGACUGCGGGGACGGAGCGCUCAGGAAGUUCGAGCACCUGCUGCCCGCCUGUAAGGAGGAGGCGGACGCCGCCCUGUUUCUGUUCUCCUUCACGGACCGCGCGUCCUUCGAGGAGCUGCCGGCGCUCAUGGGCCGCGUGUUGGGCCCCGGGGACCGCCACCUCGUCAGGGUGGUCGUGGGCACCAAAUUCGACCUGGCCCCGCACGCGGCCGUGACGGAGGGGGACGUGCGGGCCUUCGAGGGGACGCAGGGGCUGCGGGUGCUGCGGGCGGGGGGGACGGCGGGGACCGGCGGGGUGCGAGCGGGGCUGGCCCGGGUCGCCCCCGUCCUGGACGCCCUGGUCGAGGAGCUCUGGCGGCGCGACCAAGUGACCGCCGGCAUUACCACGGGGGACACCCCCACCUGAACCCCCUCUUGGGGUGGGUUUGGGGAAUGGGAGGGGUAAAAAGGUGCUUUUUUGCUAAAAUCAGUGAUUUUCUAUGAAAAAGAUAA